GUGUGCUAUCCUGGCUGAAUCACUUGACAAUAGUGCCUUGAUGGCAAUGGAGAAGCGCACAAAGAAUCAUGCCGAGUAAUUGACUAUUACGCAGUGAAGAAGAAGGUGGAGUCUUCACUGUCUGGAAAUGCAACAUGCCUGAGCCACAGUCAUUAGUGCUCAACGACGACGCAGUCUUCAGAUGAGAAGUGACGUCAAGGUCUUUCUCGCAGUAUAAAAAAAUCACCGUGACGGUAAAUGAGUGCCACAUAAAACAUGUUCAUACAGACACGGGGACUUAGCGAGAUACCACCUAACUAACGUCCACAGCACAAUGUGUACUAAAAAUAUGUGCGCAGUGAAAGUGCCCGAGAUAAAAGAAAGCAAAAAUAGAAAAAGACAGAUUGACUGUUACAUUUCCAAUCCACCUACUUAAAAUCUUCGACGCGUUAAUGAAGAAACAGUACGCAGACAGAAGGUGCUGACUAAAUCCGCAUUAAGAGCUUCAUCCAGCUGAUCCAGAGCGUUCCUUGGUGCCGCUUCAUAUGGUGUAUUUCUACAGAAAUGAUUACUGUUGUCCGCGGCAGAAUACAUGGAUCUACCACUGGUUUUGUGAGGAGUAACACCAGCCCGUCAUGAUCACUAACACUGUGCCUACCAUACGUCUCAUCCAGGAUAUCCGUACAGAGUGACGUUAUUUUCGAUUAACUCCAAUUCUCGGAAGGGCCAUUUUUGUAAAUCUCACGGUGCGUACGAACGCUUUUUUCAAUUAAUCCCAACAAAAUUGACCGGGAGACGCGGCUACGUGUAACAGAUAAUCACGAGGACAUGGAAAAUCAAUUGGGUUUGUUUGCAAAAAAAGCAUGACGCUACUGCGGUGUAAGAGUGCGUGAAUAAGUAGAUAAAAAGGAAGACAUUCAGGACCUUCUUUAGCUGUCGUAGUGCCAGCCAGGUGAACAGAACGCCCAAAGUGAUUCGCUGGGCCGAUGUUUUACUGUUCGCGGUUUUAGCGGAGUUGUGGUAACCGGGAGCCAUUUAAGGACAUUUCAGACACAUUUCCAUAGUGAUUACAUAAAACACGUAUUUGAGGUAUCAAAUACAAAACAAACUUAAAAUAGCAGUUUAUAUGCUGGUUAAUAUGUCAGUUGAUGUUACCGCCGGAAGAAGCGAACCCAAGAGCCCGCCAGGCUGGGGAUAUAUUGAUAACCUGAGCUAGUGCGUCAAUGAAACUCGGUGAACUGGAAGAUGUCAACCCUGAACAAAUGAAGUGCAGUUUGUCUAGCAAACAUUUGCGUUCAUUGCAGGAGUUUAAUGAAGACUAGGUAAUUACAGUAUCAGUGAAGGCUGACAGUGUUUCGGGACAUUCUACGUAAAUAGAUCGUUGAUCGACAACGGCUGGAACGAGGGCAACGAGCUUGGAAAGAGAUUUUAAUUACUCCCAGUGUCCUGCCAGAAAGGACUUUAAACUGUUAUCUCAGCAGCCUACAAUAAAACAUCGGUGCCAUAACGUGGACAUAAAAUAAGGCAACUCAUAUACAGCGAAUAGAGAGUUACCGUCAAAAGACAUUUAUGGUACUGGGUUCUCUCAUACUGAAAAGGGCAACAGACGAACGGCGUUAAAGGGAAGGCUAAAAAAACAACAGGUUUAUUGCACGAUACAGUUGACUGUUGCUUUGGAUAGACCGACAUCGAUCUUUGUUAUAACGUCUUGUCAGUGAGCUUUAAUUAGACUAAACAUGCAUUUGCAGUAAUCAAAGUGCUAUCAAUCACAAGGAGGAAACGGACGCAUGGCGCUCGGCUUUUCUGACACCGGUUUCAAAUAACGGCGUGAAAGUGAGUCUCUUUCUUGAACUGUAAGAACGACCUAGAACGCCCCCCUAGGGUGCUACACAGAAGUACAAUUAGUACAAUAAUUUCGCACGAAACUGGUUAACAUCAGUGUUCAAUCGGCGACGGCAUUUGGAAGUGGAAAAACAUCGGUAUAACACAGAUUGCAUAUAUGAAAAUAUAUCAAUGGAAAUUCACGUCAACCGCAGCAAGAAAACGAACCCAGGCAGCAACAAGGCACUAAGGUAGCGAUAGUCGGGGUCCUACUGUACGUUAUUGAGUGUAUGGCGACUAUCUGUGCUUAUUCAUUUUUUUCUCAUCGGAAACGUAGUCUAGAUAUUGCGUCUGUUCUUUCAAGCGUUCGCUCCCCCUUUGUUGCAGCGCCGAUAGCUUAAUCAAGGGACUGAUAGUGUAUCAACAUCAUCUCAAUCUCUCCAGCCAGGCGGACAUACGGCGGAUAACGCGGUAUUUUGACAGUGAAGCGAAAAACAGACAUUCUUUGAAAAUUGAUUUGUUCAUAAAAAAUGUAUCUAGGUGGCGUAUGCUUGGUGAUCAAUUACUCGCACAAGCAGUGAAGACUUGAAUGCCGUCCAAAAAAGGGGAAAAUUACAAAUUUACUGGAAUGCACUUCCUCUGAAUUUGCGGUUCACCAAAGCCUUAGGAAAGUUCAUCCUAUAACUCACGACACCUUGAUGUCCACUUGAACGAGUGGACACACAGUAAAAACGAGGUUCAAUUAAAAAGGAUCGCGUAAGUGUACACUUAUGUUAGUGUAUUUUUCAGGAGACUCAGUUAUCUUAAUGGUUUACCUCUGAAACUGUUGGACGUAUUCUGUAAGUGGAGGAGCACAUGGACUUUAUUUCUCUUUCAUAAGGAACUUUUCAAUUAAUUAAUACUCUUCUAUUGUUAUGAUUCAAUAUAAACAUUGUUCAGUCGCCAUGCAGGGAGGAUUUUUUUCAAAAAAACCAAAUAAAUUGUACGAGAGACAAGUUUCCUGUGAUUCAUAUUCAGUAUUGAGGAAGGUCACGUUAGCACUAAAGAGAAACUGAAGAAAAAAAUCCUGGAAUCUGUGAACGACGUUAGGUGAUCUCUUGCUCUCUUUCUAAGGAUCGCAGUUGAACUCGCUCAAAUGAUGAAUAAUGUAGUGUCUUAAGGGAAAAUACUUUACAUUUACACACAAUACAUAAACAUCACGGUAAAAAAUUGGAUUUGCCAGCUGUGUGAAAAGGACACGUUUCAUAGUGGAAAACUUUUGACGUGCCAUCUACCAAUAGCCGUGUGGUGUAGGAUUAUGACUCCCUACACUUCGCAAGGGUAUUUGGGUGAGUGAGCAACGAAACGCGUGAGGUUCUCUCAGAUUUAGUUCUCUUUUAAGGAUUAACGACCAGUUCGAGCAAGAAAGGCCAGUCGGGAAUCUAAGUCACAUUAACGCGUGAUACAAACACAAAGCUAGUAGUUUUAUCAAAGGUGGACAGUUAAUAACUCCAACUGACGGCAUUGUAGAACCAGACAGGCAGCAAACUGCUUUCGGUCUUCACAAACGUGGACACAGUUUCACAGGAAGUGGACACGUUUUCACAGAUUUUGCCGCCAACCAUGGGGACGUCACAAAGUCUCCAUUAUGAAAGCACGGGUUCCGUGACGUUGUCUAUAUCCGCGGCCGACGUCACUAACAACCGCUCCGACCACGUGGCCAGUCCACUGGAGACAUUUGAGACGUGGUAUGCUGGUUACCAUGGCUUCGUCAGCCUCGUUGUGUGUACCUUUGGCAUCAUCAGUAACAUGUUCAACAUCGCGGUGUUGACGCGGAAAGGCAUGCGGACUCCUACUAACCUCAUUCUGACGGGAUUGGCAGUGGCCGACAUGUUGACCAUGAUGUCGUAUGUUCCGUUUGCCUUUCAUUUUCGAAUUUUACAUAACACAUCGCCAACUAUAACCCCCGAGAGAGAUUCCUACGGAUGGAUUGCUUUUUUGUUAUUUCAUGCUAAUUUUGCAGUCACCACGCAUACGGCGUCCAUCUUCGUAGGAGUCGUUCUUGCCGUAUUUAGGUACGCUUACAUCCGGGCAUCGUCUUCUGGUUAUGUCACAUUUGGAAUGGAAAAGGCGUUUUUCUCCGUCAUGUUCGCUUAUGCAUUGUCAGUGGUUUUUUUAAUCCCUAAUUAUCUUGCCCAAUCUAUUGUCCAAGAGACCGACAGAGUGACUAAUAAAACGUAUUUCAGAUUAGACGGAUCUCUGUCCGAGGAGCUAUUCCCAAACAUAAAUCAAAUAAACUUUUGGAUCCAUGCGAUUGCCAUUAAAAUAACACCGUGCAUAUUUAUGACUGUUUUUGGUGGUCUUCUCUUGCAUACUAUAAGACAGACGACCGCUAAAGGGAGAGAGAUGCAGAGAUUCGGGAGCAAUAGGAGCCAAGCACUCAAAUCUCGUCUGCGGGAACACUCGAGAACGACACGCAUGUUGGUUGUCGUAAUUAUUUUGUUUCUUUUCACAGAAUUCCCCCAAGGCGUUCUGGCCCUGUUGAGCGGGGUCCACACGGAGUACUUUGAGUCCGUCUACUCGCCCCUUGGAGAUCUUAUGGACAUCGUGGCGUUAAUCAACAACAGUAUUAACUUCAUACUGUACUGUUCAAUGAGUAAAUCCUUCAGACAGGCUUUUCUUUGCCUUAUUUGUAGCGGUGUUAAGAAGUGGAGGAAUACCAGCGUGAUGGAGAACAGCCGCGAGGAGGACUGUACUUGUAACCAAUACACACAGCUAGAAAUGAGAAAUCGGAUCUCAAAUAACUACCGCAGAGUGGACAGGACAACUAAAGGAACCUGCCUCAAUGGAAGUGUAUCGUAGUGAGAUUUCUUUUUAUUUUGUGUAUUGUCACGUAUCUGGUGUGUAUAAGUAUUACUGAGCGGUUAGUGUCAGUUUGCACUAGUUUACAUAGAUUUUAAUAUAACCAAGAACUGUAUGGAACAGAGCAACAGAUGCCUCGAACACUUGCAAUGAGGAGUCUACAUGUACAAGUAUUUUGUGUUAAGAAAGGGGGGGGGCGUCAAAAUUAAGGACAAUGGUUGAUUCAGCAGCAUUACAUGUCAUAUAUAUGACAACUUCAGAACCUUUGCAACUGUACUGGCCGUGCAAGAUACACAGCGAUUACUCAGCAGUCUGUUACCUAUUGUUGUCCAAGGUCCCGUAACUCGAAAGCAUCGCGUAUUGCGAAUAGCGAUAGAGGCUACAAUGUAUUAUAUGGGGCGAGAAUAGGCGAGUUAUGGAAUCGAGAUGCUAGCGCGAUUCUUUCGAGUUACGGGCCCAAUUUGAAAUCGAACAAUAAUGGAGU